CGGACUGGCUAGGUCGACGCUGAUUUGAUGCUGGUUCACUCGACCUUCUCGAGCUCUGGAUCCUAUAACGGGACGGGCGGAUCCUGAUUCCCGAAUACGACUUCAUUUUCUUCGUCUUCUCUCCCUCGUCGCUCCGGGAUUUCUGUGAAUCGUCAGCACCCGUUUUCUCUGUUUCUAUAUCCUAAUUCCCGGUGAAGAAAUCAGGCAUCUUCUCUCAUCGAACUUGCGAAGCUUCGUAACCUGUCCUUUUUUCACAGUAAAAGAACAUAGACUGCAUUGCUUUGUAAUGGCUUUUCGUCGUUCAAUGAGCAGAGACGCAUGGCGCUGGCUUUUAGGUCUUUCAUACAUUUUUGCUGUGGCAAUGAUUUGGAUUGCUGCUAGCUAUAUUGUUCAAUCAGUUGAGGAUGCUGGAGUUUCUCCCUUCCUAGUGACCUACAUAUGCAACUCACUUUUUUUUAUUUAUAUUCCUAUUGUUGAAGUCGCCCGAUUCUUUGAGGAUUCAGCUAAAAAGUCUAGUUAUCGAAUAAUAGAUCGCCAAGAUCUUGGCUUGCGUGGUGAUGGUAGUUUGGAGAAUCUAAACCUCCUCCCCGACAUCAACCACAUUUCUGAGCCAACUUCUGUAGCUAGUCAAAGUGACAAAAAUAACUCAUCUGCAAAACCUUCCAAUUUCGAAGAUGGAGAACACAGUUUUGCUGUGAACGAAGAUGCAAGUCAUCAAGUUGAUGAGAAAGAGCAGUGGACGAGAUUUUCUGUAGCUAAAAUCAGCUUGUUAAUUUGUCCUUUUUGGUUUUUUGGUCAGCUAGCCUUCAAUUUUUCUCUCAAGUAUACCACUGUGACAUCUAAUACAAUCUUAAGCAGCGCCUCUAGCCUUUUUACUUUCUUCGUCUCCUUAGCAUUCUUAGGAGAAAAGUUUACAUGGGUUAAGCUAAUUAGCGUACUUCUCUGUAUGGGAGGAACAGUAAUAGUAAGUCUUACUGAUUCAAGUGCCAAUUCAAAUGCUGUUGCUACAAAUCCUGUCUUUGGGGACAUUCUUGCCCUUGUUUCUGCAAGUUUAUAUGCUGUUUACAUCACUCUGAUUCGGGCAAAACUGCCUGAUGAGGUUGAUGGGAAGGUUCAAGCAAGCACAGCUCAGUUUCUUGGUUAUUUGGGGCUCUUUAAUUUUCUGAUCUUUCUUCCAGUUGCAAUUGUGCUGGAUUUUUCCAAGCUAGAGCCCUUCCACGUGCUUACCUGGAAGCAACUUGGUCUUAUUGUUGGCAAAGGUCUGCUCGAUAAUGUACUCAGCGAUUACUUACAGGUGAAGGCCACUCAGUUGACUUCAACCACAGUGGCAACUGCUGGUCUUUCAGUUCAGGUCCCCCUCGCUGCUAUUGUAGAUUCACUGACUGGCCAUCCCCCUCGUCUUGCUGAGUGCAUGGGAGCUGCUUCUAUUAUGGUGGGAUUCGUGGGCAUCAACAUCCCUUCUAAUGCCUUCAGCCAUUCACAGGGGACCAUGCAAGAGCUUGAAGCUGAAGAUGCUAGCUUGCCUACAGAGCUUGUUGAAUUAGGCAGAACAAAUAUUCCAUAAAGCUACCUUCUUUACAAUUUUGUCUGUUUUGAUAUUUUGGAGAGCAGACAACACCGAAUGAAGCCAUUGAUGCUGAAGGUUUCAGGGCUUAUAAAAGAGUGGGAGGAAGGCAUAUUGGAGGAUCUGGGGGUUUGAUUCAUUCAGGCUGUAAUGUAAGUACACAUCCACAUAUCUCAUGGGAGGUUUGAUGAGAAAAUAUUACAAUUUAAAUUAAAGUUUUUUAAUUUUAUAAUUGUCCAAAAUUACAAGUAUGUAGUUUUUUAACUGAUUACUGAAGCAUUAUAAUGUUCCUCGAGAAUUAUUAUGUUGCAGAUCAA